AUGUCUCAUUUAGAAGAUCAUGGAGGACAUCAGGAAGAUGAAGAUGAGGAGCAGGGAGAAGGAGAAGAACGCCCCAAAUACAAGUCCCUGGUCACACAGCUUGCUGCUCCAAAAAUCCCUGAAGGAGACCGGGUCGACUUUGAUGAUAUCCACAGGAAAAGGAUGGAGAAAGAUCUUCUGGAGCUGCAGACUCUGAUUGAUGUCCACUUUGAGCAGAGGAAGAAAGAGGAACAGGAGCUGAUUGGACUCAAAGAUAGGAUUGAGAACCGACGGGCAGAAAGAGCUGAGCAGCAGCGAGUGAGGGCUGAAAAAGAGCGAGAGAGACACACACGGAUUGCGGAGGAGAGGCAGAGGAAGGAGGACGAAGAGGCAAAAAAGAGGGCGGACGAUGAAGCCAAGAAGAAGAAAGUGCUCUCUAACAUGGGCGCUCACUUCGGAGGGUUCCUGGCCAAGGUAGAGCAGAGGCGAGGAAAAAGGCAAACUGCGAGGGAAAUCAAGAAGAAGACUCUGGCUGAGCGCCGUAAGCCACUGGCUAUAGAAACUCUAAGAGAGGACGGUCUGAGAGAGAGAGCUAAGGAGAUGUGGGAGUGCAUCUACCAGCUGGAGUCUGAGAAAUUUGACCUGACAGACAAAAUGAGGAGGCAGAAGUACGAGAUAAAUGUUCUCAUCAACAGAAUCCAACACGCUCAGAAAUUCAAAAAGGUCCACGGUAAGGGGAAGGUUGGAGGACGCUGGAAGUGAAUUUCCA